UCUUUCCAAAAAAACUCGCACUUACUUUCCAACAACUUUCCAAUCGGUUUGCUUUCCAAUUGAAACGGGAAUAUUUUUAUUCACCACACCGAUUUGAAAUUCACCAUAUCCGAGACACAAUCCAUUUGGAAAUCACUGGCUGUCACCAAAGUGACGUGUAAUUUCGUGGGCAAAAGCUGCCGUGUUUUUGUGAAUCCUCUUUGGAGUUUUGUGUUUCUUCCUUGUGCAAAAAUGCUUGAUUUAUUCACAAUCUUCACCAAAGGUGGCAUAGUGUUGUGGUGUUUCCGGGGGACGAAUGAAAUUUUCGCCCCAUCGGUUAAUGCCCUCAUUCGCAGUGUCAUUCUUCAGGAACGCACUGGGAAGAAUGCCUUUGACCACAACGGACUCACUCUCCAGUACAAAUUGGACAAUGAGUUUGAGCUGGUGUUUGUUGUGGCCUUCCAGAAGAUACUUCAGUUGGGCUACGUGGACAAGUUCCUCAGUGACAUCCAUCUGGAAUUUCGGGAUAAGUACAAGAAUGAACUGAGAGCUGACAGCAAAAAUUUCCGGACUUUUGACUUCCAAGAGGAGUAUGGGGCCGUCUUGAGGGCUGCUGAGGAAUGGGGCAAGUCUCAGGCGAAAUUGCCUAAGCAGAUGCGCUCCUAUGAGGAUUCGGUCAAGUCCAAAAAGACCGUAGCUUCCAUGAUUGAACGCAAAGGAGACUCCAAGGAGAAUGGUCAGCCCAAGAAGUCUGUGAAGAUUGUCGAAGUGAAAGAGGAGAAACAGCCCGAGAAUGUGAGUCCCAAUGGACUGAGUGAGGAUGUGAUUGCAGCCAAUCGGCGAAAGUUGGCCGAGAAGUUGUCUGGGAAAAACAAGCCCCAAAACAAGAAGGCACCAAAGUCACCGCAGGAUAAGGCAGGCAAGAAGCCUCGUGUGUGGGAACUGGGAGGCACCAAUAAGGACUUGGCUACGCUGGAUCGUUCCAAGGAUAAGCCUGAGGAUGUAAAGAGUGACUUCACGGCCAAUAAUGAGAUGAUUGGCACUAUGCGUGGUGGGAUUCAGGAUCUGGAAGUGGAAAGUGAGGAUGAGGAGGAAUACUCCGAAUCUUCCAGCGAUGAAGCUGAUGUCAAGGUCAAUACUACGAAGGCAUCUUCCAAGAAAACGUCAGGGAUGUUUUCCCUUUUCCGUGGCCUGGUGGGUUCAAAGAAUCUCACCCAGGAUGACAUGCAGCCGACUCUGGAGAAAUUGAAGGAUCAUCUGAUUUCGAAGAAUGUGGCUUCAGAUAUUGCUCAUAAACUCUGCGAUUCUGUGGCCACGAAGCUCGAGGGAAAGGUCUUGGGGACUUUUGACACAAUUGCUGCCACCGUGAAGACUACCCUCACGGAAGCUCUUGUGCAAAUCCUCUCGCCCAAGCGUCGCGUUGACAUUCUUCGUGAUUGCUUGGAGGCCAAGAAGAACCAGAGACCCUACGUCAUGACCUUCUGUGGAGUCAAUGGCGUGGGAAAGUCCACAAACUUGGCUAAGAUCUGCUUCUGGCUCAUUGAGAAUAAUAUGAGUGUUCUGAUUGCGGCAUGUGACACCUUCAGGGCGGGAGCUGUAGAGCAGCUGAGAACCCACACUCGUCAUCUCAAUGCUCUUCAUCCGGCUGAAAAACACGGAGGAUUGCAAAUGGUUCAACUUUAUGAAAAAGGAUAUGGAAAAGAUGCUGCUGGGAUUGCUAUGGAAGCCAUUCGCUUUGCCAAGGACUCAGGCAUAGAUGUUGUCCUCGUAGAUACGGCUGGACGUAUGCAGGACAAUGAGCCUUUGAUGAGGGCUCUCACGAAGCUCAUCAAAGUCAACGAGCCGGAUCUGGUUCUGUUUGUCGGAGAAGCUCUCGUUGGAAACGAAGCUGUGGACCAAUUGGUGAAGUUUAACCAGGCUCUGGCAGAUUAUUCAUCUAAUGACAAUCCCCACAUUAUCGAUGGGAUUGUGCUCACGAAAUUCGACACGAUUGAUGAUAAAGUGGGCGCAGCCAUAUCAAUGACUUACAUCACCGGACAACCGAUUGUGUUUGUGGGAACUGGCCAGACCUACACGGACCUCAAGGCACUCAAUGCAAAGGCAGUGGUUCAUGCUUUAAUGAAGUGAAGUGGAGAAAAAUUAAAUGCAUUCGGUGUAGGAAAUAUUCAGAAAUGGAAAAAUCUUUAUGCAACCCACUGUUAAUUAUCCAGAGAAAAGUGGAAAUAAAGUCCGUUGAAAUUUAA